GGAGAAUUCACCGCUGGAGUCGCAACUUGUCGGCGCCCCCGGAUCGGGUUCAGAACAGCCCGAUGCUGUCGUCCUCGCCCUGAUCGUCGCCAGCACUUGCCCCGAAUGGACUCGACUUGGCUGGGCGACUUUCCAGCAAGGAUCCGAGUGCCCACGAUCUAAUCCACAGCCACACCCCCGCCGCGAUGAGGCGGACGAUGGUGCGCUGCUGCUGGUGGUCGGCUGCGCGGCCACAGACGCCUCGGUAGGUACCUGUACCUACCUAGGCAGCUGGAGGCAUGGCAGGGCAGGUCAGUGGCAUCUCCAGCGCCCGACAUCGCCAAAACUUGCACUGAUCACCCCACCACAUCUGCCAAGCCCGGGCUGGGCUGGGAAACGGCGCCACCUAAAUGAAACGGCCCAUUGGAUCCUGUCCGAUCUGAUCCAUCUCACUUCCCGUCCUUCUCUCCCCCAUCCGUCGUGAUGCUCCCUUCUCUCCAUUCAAACUAAAACGUUACUACUAACUUGCUACCGCUGUACCUUUUCGCCGCUUCAAAGUUUAAAGUCCGCCCGCUCCUCGCCGCGCGCCUGGCCUUUGUUUUGUUUUUUAGCCUUUCGCCCCUUUCAUCACUCCCAGAGUCCCAAAUAACUGCAGGAACCUGGGGCCUCGGCUCGUCUUGUGCUUCAUCCCUCGUCGCCUGAUCCUCCUCACACCAGAGACCUCGCCUUCAAGCCGUAUUUCUUCCUCGGCUCGUGCGCAACUCGAUUUUUUUGCGCCAGCUGUCCGCCGAAGCGCAAGAAGGCAACACAUCUCAUUGCGCCUGAGUUCAAUUUCGCGACACGGGGCCAACCAACAAAACAAGAUACUUCGCGACCAUCAUGCCCAUCCGCAACCCUUUUGCCCGGAAGCCCGGCGCCCUCGCUCAUGAUGAGAACCUGCGCCCCGAACAGGUCACCGGCCAGGCAACGACCCCGGGUUUCGAGCGCGUCGACACUGUCGGUUCCAAGGCGUCGUCCGUGCUCAGUAUCCGCAGCGCCAAAAGCCAUGACACGGGCGAGUACAAGAUGAGUGGUGCGUCCCAGUCCUUUCCCGUCUAUCCCGUGGGGCAAUUCAUACGAUGCGGGCGGCAUUGGAUGUUGCUGUUGCGGGGCUCUGCGGGAGGUGCCCUUGUGACCGGACCAGCCCAUGUUGACGCAUGUCUUGGUGUAACAGUUGUCAACGACAGCGGCGUCUACCUGCCGCCGUCUCCGCCCGAGGAAAAGGGCCAAUGGCCCCGCAAGUACCUAUCGUCGCGAACCUCGUCGGACACACGAAGCAGCUUCGGCGACAUUGAGCCCUUCUCCAUAUCCAGGGAGUCCUUUGACUCGUACCGGCGAUCCUUUGACAUUUCGGCACGGUCGCCCAUCAACGGUCACGACAUGCCCACCCGCCAGAGCCUCGACUCGGCCCGCUUCCCCCGGUUGCCACGAUCCGCCAUUGACCGCAGGAUGAUGGAGCGCCAGCCCCCCACGGCCGAGGAGGGCUUUGAAGACGUCGGGCUCGACGACCACAAGCAGCCGCCCCGGAAGCGCGGCUUCUUCUCCAAGUUUGGCGACAACCAAGACAAGGAGGGCCACUUGGGGGAGCCCUCGCCCGUCUCACGCUUUCUUAUGCCUGGGCGCAAGCGAGGCCACAGCGGCCAGGGCUCCGAGCUCGGCGCCAUGGACCGCCCUCAGACGACUGAAAGCCGUUGAGCCCUUGCAUUGAGCCAUCUCUGGUUUGGGACGGAAUUGCUGGCUUCUAAUUGUUCGAUUACAUAGCUUUUGAUUCUCCUUUACACUGUUUUAUUAGUUGGACGGCGUUUCAGGCGGCACAAUACGGUAAAGACGCAUUCGCUACGGGGAGCAUUGACUAUGGAAUAGAGUCGAAUGGGCGAAAGGACACUCGCUUGAAUGAGCACAUGGUGUGCCUGGCCGGCUAGCAACGGAUGUACAUUGGGCGUGGCCGGUUGCGAGGAGUCACACGAGGAAGAGAAGGGGAUGGCCGGGACGACGCGUCUCCGGCGCAGUCGAGCGCACCGUUUGAGUUGCGCCCACGGCCCCGAAUGACUUAAUGAUAAUGGAUUCGAUUGACAUCAAACCGCCGACGGACGCAUGAGUCUGCGGUGUCUUGUGCAC